AUGGGUUGUGGCCAAGGUUAUGAGUAUCCUGAUGGGUCUGUCACUCUCAAGACGAUGCUGCGCUGUCCCAAAGAGGGCUGUGGUGAAGAGUUCGAUGGGCUGCAAGGCUUGGCGCUCCAUGCUGGCCAAGUACAUGGGCUGCAAAUGGACUGCCCAAGUCCACCAGAUAGCGGGAAGGUGGCGACGCAGAAGGUGACCCGCCUAAAACUUCCAAAUGGCGACUUCAUUUUGGUUUGCCUGUACCUUGAGAGUGUGAUGGAGUUUCAAGCUUUCGUUAAAGAGGAUUAUGAGGCUGCCAUACUUGCCGCAAACGCAGAGUAUGAUGUGAAGAAAGCCUUCGUUCAGAGUUUGGCACGAACGGCCGCCUCUUCAGAGGUCCUCGCCAAGGAGCAUGCCCACUUGAACAUGUUGAAGAGGAGGCAUGCAGAGCUAGUAAAAGCGAGCAGGCAAGUACCAUGCACCCUUAGAAGGGGCUGGCUGGCCUAUCCGCCCCGAAUGGACAUUCCUCGGGACGUGCGUGAUCCAAACUUUGCGGUGGCUUUCUCGGUGGAAGAUGUAGAAGCAGCCCAGUCGUGGAUGGCCAAGUACGGCUUCGUGAUUUUUCGUGACGUGAUCUCUGAGGAGGACUGCCGUGCAACGCGGAAUGAGAUUUGGAGCUACCUUGAGAGCAAAGUGCCUGGCUUCAGGCGAGAUGACCCGGAGACUUGGAGAGUGCUCUCUGAAACGAACACGGGCCGCUACUAUGAUGCGUACGGACUUCCGCCAGAUCCAGUGAUCGUCACAAGACAGCUGGUACGGAACCGUCAAAACUGCAAUGUGAUUCGUGCCUUCAAAAACAUCUUGGGCGAUGGGAUCUUGGUCAGUCAGGACCGAUGGUGCCUGUACCGUGCAACUCAGAGGGGUGGAGUUCCCACCAGAAACAAUCUUCAUCUGGACUUGCACCCAUGGAGAUACCUGGAUGGGAACACGCAGAUUGAAGACCUGCGGUACGAAGAGGGGCACGACCACGAGUUCUCACUUGAGAUCCCACGAUCCCGGGCUGAAGAUGGCCCACACAUUCAAGGAGUUCUAAAUUUGCUCGACAACCUUGAAGAAGACGGUGGUACUCAGCUGGUUCCGGGUUUUCACAAUGCUUUCAUGGAAUGGAAGCUUGAGCUGGGCAAAGAAUCAGAGUGGCUCUUCAAGCCAGGGCAGCACUCCAACUGGCUGCAUCCUGGCAAUGGGGGUGCCAGCUUCAAGUUUCAUGAGCAGGACCCGAUCCAAGCUUUGGCACAUCGCAUCCCCCUGAAGCAAGGAAGCUUGCUGCUGUGGGAUCAGCGGUGCGUGCACGGAUCUCGUCCCAACUGCUCCUCGAGGGUGAGGAUGGCCCAGUUCAUCCGUGCCUUCAGAAGGGCACCUUUGUCCAAAGACCGUGCUGUGGCCAGGGCUUGUGCAAUUUUUCGCAAGCUGAAAGCGGCACAGCUUCUGGAUGAAGUUUCCGGCAGCGGAAUGGAAGUCUUUGGUUUUCAUGACCUUCCUGACGCAAUGGACAUGAUGCAAACAGGGCUUUCGUGCUUGGACUGA